AUGGCUGAGCCGCUUGCAUACUCGUCCAAUCCCAUGGCCUCCUACUGCCAGUCUAACGUGGCCGAUUUCACCCUGUCGCAAUACCUGGCCAAGCAGGGAAUUCAGUAUCCCUGGGACACCAUUGACUCAAGCCUGUUUCACCAGAAGAACCCCAUGGACUCAAUGACCGCCGCAAACACAUCUUUUCCUCAGUAUGUGCCGGAGACAACGCAGUCCUGCAGCCAAAACAAUCUCCUGGGGCGAUGUGCUGGCGAGCACGAAGUCGCAAACAGCGUUUCCAGCUACGACUACAAGCUGCUCGAUCUUGAGCCGUCUCUUUCUGAUUCCUCAGCCUGUUCCGAAGUCGAAGAUUGUGCGACGACAAGGAUAACGCUGCAGCAAACGCCGCAGAACUCGACGACCACACGAAGACGGAGCCGCGAGAAGCGCGCCAACAACAAGUCAAGAAAAGUCACGGCAAAGACAGCUGCGUCUCUAGAUCAGACGUACCCCUACAGAAUCUCCAAGUCCAAGAGGACAACAAGUUCGAGUAGUGACAGCGAAGAUAUCGAACGGACGACGCUCGCAAAGCAGACCCACUCGGAGAUUGAGCGCAAGUACCGAAACAAUCUGAACGCGAAAAUGCUGCAGCUGCAUCGCACCUUGGAGAGCACGAGCCGGAUGUCAAGCAGCAGCAGCAGCAGCAGCAGCAGCGACGACAGCGACUCGUCACAGCAAGCUCAGCCGGAGCAGCAGCCGCGAAAGUCAGACAUUCUGAGCAAUGCGUUGCAAUACAUUGACGAGUCCGAGCUGGAGAUGCGGCACAUGUCGGACGAGAUCCUGCGGUUGAAGAAUCGGCUGGUGGUGUUGCAGCGCAUGGUUCGGUGCGAGGGCGAUUGUGAUGCGCUCAAACAGAUAGUGAAGAUGAAAAUGGCAUCAUGA